UUUAGGGUUAGGGUUGUGAGUCUUCCUUUAAAGGGGCAUCGAGACUCAAUCUCUUUCUCUCUCUUUCUUUGCCCUCUCUUUCUCUCUCUAGAAUUCUCAGAUUUGCGGGGCGAGAUGAUGCAGCAGCCAGGACCCGGCAUGGCACCUCCCACCAUGGGCCAGCAGCCGCCGCAACAGUACCAGCAGCCUCCGCCGCAGCAGCAGCAACCCUACGUCAUGAUGCCGCCGCAGGCCCAGGCCCCGCAGGCCAUGUGGGCCCCCUCCGCCCAGCCUCCGCCUCAGCAGCAGCCCGCCAGCGCCGACGAGGUCCGAACCCUCUGGAUCGGGGAUCUGCAGUACUGGAUGGACGAGAACUAUCUCUAUACCUGCUUUGCUCACACCGGCGAGGUUACAUCGGUUAAAGUAAUUCGAAACAAGCAAACUAGUCAAUCUGAAGGUUAUGGGUUUAUUGAGUUUAAUAGUCGUGCUGGAGCUGAGAGAAUUCUUCAAACAUAUAAUGGGGCAAUAAUGCCAAAUGGGGGGCAGAGUUUCAGGUUGAAUUGGGCAACUUUUAGUGCUGGUGAGAGGUCGCGCCACGACGAUUCUCCAGAUUACACCAUAUUUGUUGGUGACUUGGCUGCAGAUGUUACUGAUUAUCUUCUUCAGGAGACAUUUAGGGCUCGUUAUAACUCGGUGAAGGGUGCAAAAGUUGUCAUUGAUAGGCUAACUGGCCGGACCAAGGGAUAUGGCUUUGUAAGGUUUUCAGAUGAGAGUGAGCAAGUGAGGGCUAUGACUGAGAUGCAAGGGGUUCUUUGCUCAACAAGACCCAUGAGGAUUGGACCCGCCUCUAAUAAAACCCCCACCACUCAGUCCCAGCCCAAAGCUUCAUAUCAGAAUUCUCAACCUCAAGGUUCACAGAAUGAGAAUGAUCCAAAUAAUACAACUAUUUUUGUUGGUAAUUUGGAUCCUAAUGUCACUGAUGAUCAUCUGAGGCAAGUUUUCAGCCAGUAUGGAGAAUUAGUGCAUGUGAAGAUUCCAGCAGGCAAGCGAUGUGGGUUUGUCCAAUUCGCAGACAGGAGCUGUGCUGAAGAGGCACUUCGGGUGUUGAAUGGGACCCUGUUGGGUGGUCAAAAUGUUCGUCUUUCAUGGGGUCGCAGUCCUUCAAACAAACAGGCUCAGGCAGAUCCAAACCAGUGGAAUGGUGGUGCUGGUUCUGGUGGUGGAUACUAUGGGUAUGCUGCACAAGGUUAUGAAAAUUAUGGGUAUGCUCCUGCUGCUGGACAGGAUCCCAACAUGUAUGGCAGUUAUCCGGGGUAUCCUGGUUACCAACCACCUCAGCAACAGCAACAAAUAGGAUAUAGUUGAGAAGAGAAUGUUCCUUUUCUUCUGUAAUCUUUUGUGAUACUUAUCGAGUUGCGUGUCUCUUCUCGUCUCGUGGAAAACCGACUCUGCUACUCUUUUUCUUUUUUCCCCUUGUUUGCUUAAUAACAUUAAAUUUUAUCGGAGCCGCCUUUUGUAUCCAUAAAUUGCUUGCUGAAUACUUAUUUAUGAAAUGAUCUCUAUUAUGCAUUAUG